UAUUUAAUCUGCGUACUUUCACUUUCACUAAAAUAUGUAAACAAAUCAAUGAACGCAACAUUAAGAAAUGGAAACUGUGUGCCCUUUGUUGGACUGGGAACUUUUAAAAUCAGAGGUAAAGAAGAAGUUUAUAACGCAUUGAAAGCAGCUUUUGAUGCAGGUUACAGAUUAAUAGACACAGCGGCAGUGUAUAGAAAUGAGGGAGAUAUUGGUGACUGUCUACCAGAGCUGUUGUCAGGCCAUAACCUGAAGAGAUCGGACAUUUUUAUAACCAGUAAACUUGGGCCCAAGGACCAGGGAGAGGGCACCUGUUACUCAGCCUGUUUGAAAUCUAUAGCCAGCCUAGGCUGUCAGUAUCUUGAUCUGUAUCUGAUUCACUGGCCGGGGGCCCAGGGGAGGAAGCCAGACGACCCCGUCCAGAGGGAGCUGCGCCUUGGCAGUUGGAGGGAUCUCAUACAACUACAGAAAGAAGGUAAAGUAAAGAACAUAGGUGUCUCAAAUUUUCUUCAACAUCACAUCCAGGAAUUGUAUACCAAGACAGGAAUCUACCCAGAAGUCCUUCAGACUGAGCACCAUCCACAUCUGGUUCAAACUGAUUUGAUCCGGUUUUGUGAGGAGACUGGUAUUUUCUAUCAGGCCUACUCCUCUUUAGGGACAACCACCCAGGACAACCAGAUUUUAACUGACCCAGUGGUUACGGAAGUGAGUAAAAAGCUUAAGAAAAGUGUUUCCCAGAUCUUACUGAAAUGGGCCAUUCAACAAAGAAUAGGCGUGCUACCGAAGUCCAGUAAUCCUCGCCAUAUUCAGGAGAACAUAGACCUUUUCUCUUUCCAAAUCCCGGAAGAAGAUAUAAAUCUGCUGAAUUCUCUGAACAAAGGGAGACAUUAUUGUUGGAAUCCAAAGGAUAUUGCUUAAGUUGUAAUGUAUGUUUCACGAGUACAUGUGUGUGUGUGUUGAUUGUAUUACAAUCAGAUGUGAAAUUCAGAUCUUUCUCAUGCUGAAGUGUAAAAUAAAAGGACUUUUUAAAAUGAU